ACUCGUAUUUUUCUUCAGAAGUUGUAGAGAGUAGCUAGGCAUGGAAAGCUUGGAUCGAAGGCUGGUCUCAACUUGGUCCCAUAAUCAUUCCUCGGUACCCCUAUCUUAUGUUCAACCCCUGGAAAGCAGGCCUAGCUCUAAGGUCACUAACCUUAAUUCACGUAAGACAAUUCCUGUGAUUGAUCUUGGAGGACACAAUGAUCGAGCUCAUACCACAAAACAGAUUCUAAAAGCCUCCGAAGACUAUGGUUUUUUCCAGAUCAUCAGUAAUGGAAGGCUGGUUGGUGCGGAACACCGGGUUGUGACGAAUUUGACGAUGGCGCGCACAAGUGUUGCCUAUUUCAUCUAUCCAUCAAUGGAAAGCAUCAUAGAACCUGCACAAUGUUUGAUGAAUGAAACUACUCUGCCAGUGUACAAAUCCAUGACAUUUGGAGAGUUUCGUAGAAAGUUCUUUGAGAAGGGCCCCAAGAUCGAAGAAGAAUUGCAGUAAGGUUAAAGG